CGGUGCUGCCGUCAAACGCUCCGUGGACGUAAAAUAAACAUGGCGGCUGAAUGGGCAGCGGGUCCUGUCGUCAUGUGAAAUUUACCUGAUGGUCAAACGUCACGUGUUCACAACUUGAACCUUUGAAGUUUUCAAGUGCAAUUUGUCAAGAGAAUCACCCAGAAUGCCCCUCGGUUAGCUCAGCUGCUAACUGCUACAUCUGAGUCCAGUUCUCAUUGAGUUCAGAGAUGUCAGUGGUUCCAACCCCUCAAGGGGCUGUGGGUAAAAAGCCCGUGAAGAAAAAGGGCAAGAAGAAACCACAGCAGCAGCAGAGCGAGAGGCUCACCCAGUGUAUCCUGUGUCGAAAGUCCUUUUCAAGACGUGAAGCACACGAGCACAUGCACGGGAUGCUGCACCACAGGGAGCUGGAGUCAGCGCUGGGCAGGGAUGUGUUUCACGAAUGCCAGGCGUGUAAGGUGUACGCGAUGGGUUUGUACGACUACACCCAGCACAUCUCCACUCCGCUACACAGAGCCAAGUUGCAGGGCUUGAUGUCUAGAAACACAAAGCCUCUUCCUCUGGUUAAGACUCUGAGUCAGGAAGCCAUCUCCCGGAUCCGAGAGAGAAAUAAGACACUGAAGAAAGAGGAGAAGAAACAAAAGGGAAAGAAGAAAAAGAAACAGAAGCAGAUAGCGGCUCAGAAGCGUGUGGAGAAGGUACAGGGAUCCACCAAGAGAAGCGCUGUGGCAUCCAACGUGGUGAAGAUGCAAAAACCCAAACAAGUGAACCAAAGGACACAGCAACAGAUGCAGCGAACCCUCCAGAAAGGUAGAAGCAAUGUUGUUGUCCAAAACAAGGAGAACAAAGUGUCGAGUGUGCAAAGACCUCUUCGCAGAAGUGAAACGACUCCGCAGAAUCAAAGUGGAAGACUGGCGGGUUCUUCGGGACAACCUGCUGGUAGAACUUGGCAUCACGAUCAUGUCAGAGAACAGUUCCCACAGCCGGGUUCCCACACGAGUUCCCACACGAGUUCAUACACGAGUUCCCACAUGAGGUACAGUGACAACUUUUCUGUCUACAACCAGCGUGUCAAUGUGGAGCACUCACAAACAUGGAGAUCUGUUAACAGACCACACAACACCUAUGACGGGGCCAGGACUGACAUGUCGGAGCAAGUUACAUGGCCUGACAACAGCCACUAUGAUGACUAUUACAGCAGGCAGUAUAGUGGAGCCACCAUGUUUGAUCACAACCAGAAUGAGCGGACUAGAUCUUCUCAACCAGGACAAGAAAGUUCACAUCGAUCCUCUAGUCCUGCUUCAGCGAACAGAUCCUCCGGUGCAGCUCCGCUCAGGGAUGCCGACGUCAGUACGAUGUUGAGGCAAGUCAGAAGAACGCUGGGUGUGAGGGAGCCAUGCAGAGCAGAUCGUGAAGCCAGGAGGCAGAACAGUGAGGCAAGUGACCGGGUGGCUGAUCGCAGCACCACCCAACAGACUGGAGCCGCAAAAGGGCAACCUUCAGGUGCUGCAAGUACAUCUGUGCAAUAUCCACAGGUCAACAUCUUUGUACCUGCAGCACCUUCUGGUGUUCGUCCUUCCAAUGUUACUCCUGCCACACCAAAACAGACCACUGUCAAAGUAACACAAGAAAUGACUGGAUGCGCAGGCAACGGCGAAUCCUCUGAGCAAAGCAACCACAGGGUUCGAAUCGCCCACGAACCAAGAAGAAGUCAGACGGGGAAGGAGGUUGGACGAAAGUCGCUCAACUCAUCAGGGGCCAAGAACAAGCUGAGCUGGAGUGAGAUGUACAACAAGAGGAAACGAGAGAGGCAGGUCAGCAUCACAAGAACGCCCAGGUUAAGAAUUGAGUUGUCGAACCCUCCACCUGAACACAGAAGCUCAACACAACCACCGGACACUGACCUGCCUCUGUCCGAAGGCUUCCACUGGGAGUCGAUCCCAGUCAGUCCUUCACCAACACACUUGACUUUGCCGCCGCCGCCCCAGGACACGACAGAGAUCGACUCCCACAGGGACGAACAGUCAGGGUCUUUGCUGCAGGAGCCUGGCACAUCAGAUCAGGGUGCGAGCAGUCACACAGUAACAGCAGCCCCCGGCCAAGCAGAGCCAAGCGUGAAUCUUGAGAAUGGAGGUUUGGGUAGUGCCAACAAGAGGAAGCACACCAAGGAUGAUGACAUUUCUGAAAAGGAGUCAAAUGGAAAAAAGAAAAGAACAAAUUCAAACAAAGAUCAGGGUCAGAUGGACCAGCUGCUGGCCGUGUCCCUGAGGGAGGACGAGCUGAGCCACUCGCUGCAGGAUUUGGACAUUUCUCUGAUCCAGGCUCGAAACGCGCUGCAGACGGCCUACACAGAGGUCCAGAGAAUUCUGUUACUGAGACAGCAGUUUUCUGCUGAGGUCAACACUCUGAGAGCCAAACGCAUUGAGAUCCUGCAGGGGAUGCAAGAGGGCUUCUCAGGAGCGUCUAACAUAACCACCGCCUCAUCAGCAGGCGCCGCUGCUCCCCCGCAACCACGACACUCUCCCCUCUCUUCCUCUAGUGCCUUCCUGGCUUCCUCCAGCCAGCAACCGUCUGCCACGACCUCAGUGUCUCCCAUCUCCCAUCCUCGUCCAACUCCCACGUCAGUAAAGGAAGAAGCCACAGCUGCACAGGCCGGCCAGUUUGUCUCCUCCAGCACCGACGCACCUCAUGUACCUCUGAACCAACCUGUGCCUUCAUUGCCCUCUGAGCUUCUCCCCCCACUGCUGCUCGGACCCUCACACUCGGCUUCUCCCACGACCUCUGCUGCUGCUGCUGCCUCGACGUCAGUGAACACACGUCUGCAGCAAGGGCAAGAGUCGAGGGAGGCGUCAAAGGACUGUGUUAGGACGACAAAGUUACCAAAGGAAGCAGCGUGGAUGAUUCUGAGUGAUUCUGAGGAAGAGACAAGAGGAAAUCUUGGCAGGGAAGCGGCAGAUAAGCCUUUACCUGAAAUAGAUCGAGACGCAUCCGCUGCAGCACUAUUCAAUGAUGAUGGGAACGAGAGCGACGACUCCGUGAAAAUGAUGGAGCCCUCCGACCCGGUGGUUAUCAACAUUGAUGAAUCGGACGAGGACUUACCCGAGGCUGUCUUGGAUGUUUCAGCUCAUCCAGAGCAGCAGGUUUCAAGUGUGGAGUUGAGUUGUGCCAGCACACAGACGUUUCAGCAAAAGGAGGUUGACAGAAAAAUUCCGAUUUCUUUGCCAGUGAAAGCUGCCCAAUCUCCUGCAGAGUCUGUUGAGGACGAGGAGCCGUCCCUGGGAGAGUUUCUGAGUCACGCCGGCCCCGUGCACGGCAUGCAAGUCCACGAGGGCCUGUUGUACACAUGUUCAGGGGACAACACAGCACGAGCCUACAGUCUGACGACCAGGGAGAGUAAAGCCGUGUUUGAAGGUCACACAAACAAAGUCAACUGUCUGCUGGUGUCAUCGCUCCCCAGCUGCCGGGCGGCUCGUCUCUACACCGGAUCAAGUGACCAGACCAUCCGCUGCUACAGCGUAAAGUCAAAGAAGUGUCUGCAGAGAACCUGUUUAGCAGACAGAGUGUUGUGUUUGCACAUAGCCUGGAACAUUUUGUACGCUGGACUCGCCAAUGGAUCAGUCGUUAGCUACGAUUUAAAGACCCUGAAGCAGCUCGAUGUGUUUGAAUGCCACGGCCCUCGAGGGGUGAGCUGUAUGGGCACGUCGCAGGAGGGCGCCCGCCGGGUGCUGCUGGUCGGCUCCUACGACAGCACCGUCAGCAUACGGGACGCCAAGAGCGGCCUGCUGCUGCGCUCGCUGGAUGGUCACACCAAGACGGUUCUCUGUAUGAAGGUGGUGAACGACCUGGUCUUCAGCGGCUCCAGUGACACGUCCGUUCACGCCCACAACAUCCAUACUGGGGAGUUGCUUCGUAUCUACAAGGGUCACGGUCACGCCGUCACGUCAAUCGUCAUCUUGGGGAAGGUGAUGGUGACGGCCUGUCUGGAUCAGCUGGUCCGAGUUUAUGAGCUUCAGUCCCAUGACUGCCUGCAGGUGUACGGGGUUCACAGUGACAUGGUGAUGUGCAUGACCAUUCAUAAGAGUGUGAUUUACACAGGCUGUUACGAUGGCAGCGUUCAAGCUGUGAAGCUCAACUUGCUGAACAACUACCGCUGCUGGUGGCAGAACUGCUCUCUUAUUUUCGGCAUGGCGGAGCACCUUGUGCAGCAUCUUGUUGGCGAUCACAGCAAACCCAGUCUGCAGAUGGUCAAAUGUCGCUGGAGAGGCUGUGAGAAGUUCUUCUCCACACAACAGGCAGUUCGACAGAAGCUGCCUGAUCACAUGCGGAACCAUGUGGAAAACGACAGUAAGACACAACCUUGACCGGAGCCAAGGUGAAGUGGAGUGUCAUCCAUUAAUACAGAUCUCAUGUUGUUUCAGGAUUUCUUUUGUUGUUUCUUUUCAUUUUUUCAGCGACUCAGCCACUAAAGGUCUGAGCUCCACUUGAUCACCUGAAGCUGUUGCAUGAAGAGACCGAGAUGUUCAGGGUCAAACUGAACUCAUUCGGUCUUUGAUUUAACAGCAAGUAAACUUUAUUUGUUGAGCCAAAUAAUUCAUUACCCUUUUUUUGGGAUCAACAUGUUUUUAUUUUGUUGUCACUGUGAAUACAUGACCUGCGGGUUUAGACACCAUAGAAUGUACAGCACUUAAUACGCCUCUUCAGAACUGGCAUAUGCAAAGCAACUAUGCAGCACUGAUAGAAACACCUCAGUAUGUUUGUGAAGCAGCUCAUCUUGUAAAUUGAAGUUAAAGCCGUCUUGUUUUGCUUUACAUUGACGAGUGGCUCUAAAGUGGAGGUUGUGGGUUUUUGUUUGUCUUGAGUAUUUGAGGUAGAGGAGAAAGCAUGAAAGCUGAACAUGGAUAAAAAUUUGCACAGAUGAAAUCUCAGCCCUCAUCCGUCGGCUCACUUGAUAAUUCCCUCGUCCUGAUCUAUUCUUUCGAUUUUUUUUUGGAAGUGUCGGGGCUUUCUCUCUUAUUUACUCCAGAUUUUAAAAUCUAAAAGGCUGAUAUUCAACAACCUGUACUUAACAUUUAAAGUUAUUUCAGGUUUUUCAUCAUUAACAUUUCAUCUCUUUGUUUUCUAACCCUGACCGUUUCCUUCAAUUCUUCCUCAGACUCUUGUGAGAACUUGGAUCAAUAAUCAUAAUUAAUUAAAUCCUGGUGUGGUGACUUGAGGUUUGGUUAUUAAAACAUUUUGCACUAAAUGUGGAAACAUGUUACUUAACAUUUACACAUUUCUUUGGAGGAAACCCUCUUGUCCUCCAAGUGACUUUAUACAACACAUCCUCUUUCUCAGUGAUGGAAGAAAGAAGUGACAGUUGUUAUGAGUUGAUCGAUUUAUAGUUUGACUUGAACAAGGCUGUAUUCAUGUUAUGGUAUGUAUUUCACUUGUAAUAAAAUCCAUACUGUAAGUGUACAGCAAUAAAAACACAAAUAGCAUUCACA